AUGCUGAGGCCGUGGGUGUACUACUUGUGGACAGCGUUUAUCAAUACAAUCAACAUCACCCACCCAAAGAUCGAGUUUGACGAGGAGUUGCCCAUCCUCAACUUUGGAGAGCAGAUGUCGGAGCAGUUUAUGGCAUGGACGACGAACUCGGCGAUCUUCUCUAGGAAUGGCCAGGACGUCUUCGUCUUUUGCCAAGCGGAGCCUGCCGGAUUGCUGAAGAAUACCAAGUCUCGGGUAUACUUCAUCAGCAUCCCGGACGCCGUGAUCAUCGAGGCUCAGGGCCUUGACUUCACCGUGCUGCAGCUGAUGGUUAAUGAGAAGCAUCGAGACGUCAUCGCGGUUGGCCAUCGGUCCGGCAACAUGAUGAUCGUCAUGAUCGCAAGGAUCUACUUCAACACGCUCGAGGAGGGACGGGAUGCGAUCAGUCUGGGGGGCAGUUCGCGAAGGCCCCAGCGAUUGGUGCCGACGGAGGACUUCGGGGACCUCUUCCUGACGCCCGGCUUGGCCGUCAGCGAGCAUCUUUUCAACAAGAGCUUCAUCAUGGUCAGGAAGUACCCGGUCGACUGGCUGGAACCCCGAGAGCCCGAGUUGUAUCCACCUAUUCUCAUGGAGAUCAACAUCCGCGAGCCUAUUUACUUCGACUGGUGCCCAGCAGAAUGCCAGGGCACCGUGACCUACAAGUCUCCCUACACGCGACUCGGCUCUUGGGAGCCGCGAAUUCCGCUGUCGCUCGCAGCGCCUGCGCUGGUGUACGCCCGCUUCAGUAUGGAGGCAGUAACCAUUGACGUGAAGUUCGACCGGGCGACCUUGCGUGGUGCCUUGCCGUUGGACACGACCAACGACAUCGUGCCCGACAUCAUCGACUACACCACGCAGCUCACAGGCGAUGCCUGGGACUGUGCGAACACCUUCGAUGAGGACACGGUGAUUCUGCUGGGCCCCUUCCCGGAGACGUCCUGCAAAUGGGCCGCCGAUGACUUGAUCCAGAUUUCGUUGCCGCGGCUCUUCGACAUUCAGGUUGGGGACCAGAUCUUUCUGCAGGCGGACACGAUCUACACAAUCCCGCGGCCACAGGACAACGAGUACUCCAUGGCGGCGCAAGGCGGCAUCGCAAUCUCCCUGCCGGAUCCCUUGGAGGAGCCUGUGGUGAUUAUCACGGGGACGACUGAGAUCGACGAGUGCAGCCCGCUUCAGCUGUCUGCCAGCGACAGCUACUUCUUGGGUGGGCAGGCCACAUACAGGUGGGAGCUGCUCUCCUACCGAGAUCUCACCAACAACCCGGCCGGACGAAUCUUCAAUCAAACGGCGCUGGAUCUCUUCCGCUUCGUGUUGGAGAAUGCCACGAACUUCAACGACGGCCAAGUGGUCUCCCCGCCCAACUACCUGGAGGAGGCGGUCGGCUUCAUGAUCAACCUCACCGUCACCAGCCGAUGGGGUCUCUCGAAGAGCGAGCUCGUCGAAGUGACGAAGCUCGACUUCCCUGCGCCGAUGGUCAGUAUCCUCGGGCCGAAGGAACUUCUCGUGAACCGCACGGAACAAGUGUCUCUACUGGCGAACGGUGUGCCAUCGGAGUGUGCCACGGUCUCCCGUCAGCUUGGCUACCGGUGGUCCGAGACCACGGGGCAGCUGGAUCUCCCCUUCAUGGACGGGAUCGUCUACACCACACGCUCCUUGGUCAUACCACCCUUCGUGCUGGAGCCCAUUGGCAGCGGCAGCGAUGUGAACAUGUACAACUUCACUGUCGAGACCUUCGCAGUCGACAACCCGAGCAAAGCGGCCUACGCAUCGGUGACCGUCAGGGUCCGCCGCUCCCCGGUCUUCGCAGCCUUGGCGACGGAGGAUCGGCUCAUGACGCGCGGAGACAUCUUGGUGCUCGAUGCGCGGCAGUCGCAGGACCCGGACUACCCCACGAACCCGGGCAUGACCUUCGUGGGCACCUUUACCUGGUGGUGCCUCACCCCGGGCCGGCUGCCCUGCUUCGGGUCCAACGGCACGGGAUUGAUCCCCCCGUUGGAGACCUGCAUCACGGACUUCGACUCCAGGACCUGGGACACGGCCGUGCUCUGUUUGCCACCAGGUUCCAACACCUCAGCGCCUAGGAUAGUGCAGGGCGGCAUGACCUUCUCACUGCCACUCUUCGACGAGGGUCUCUACUGCAGAUGGGCACGUGGCGUUCUUAUGGUCUCUACAGUGAACUUCACAGAGGGAGAGUACCUCUUCGAGGCAGCCGCUGUGUUGGAAGAGGUGUCUGGCAGCCCUGUUCGCCCUGAUCCGGACAAACGAACCGCGGAACUGUAA